AUGCUCUCAUUUUCUUUCAAUCCUUACACUUGGGACGCCACAAAGGAGCGAGUUGGCUCUGAUGUUGUAACCCUGCUCUUGAAAAACAACGAUAGCGAGCUUAUUAAAGUAUCAAAUCUCACGGAAGACAUUGUUAUCGUCACGCCUUUAAAACUUCAGAAAAUCUCUGCUUCAGAAAAGUCAUGGUAUUUCACAAAGAACGAUGAUCUACGUUUCCACGAGAUAAACGUCAAGUAUGAAAACACCCUGCUGAUGCUGGAAAUCAAACCUCAAGAUCCAACCGUACAUCUGUUUGUCUAUAUGCGUUUUAGUCAGCGACCGACAACUCAAAACUACGACUUCAAUGCUACUAUCUCUUAUGACAAAAAGUGUGUCUGGAUGAUAAGUGCUCAGAACAAAAGUGAAGGGCAAACAGUUUGCUCCUUGAAUCCAAAUACACCGAUACAAGUUCUGGCUGAGCGUCCCGGGAAGUACUUUCUCGGCUUAAAAAAUUACAAUGCCACAGUGAACUUAUCUCAUAAAAGGGAGAAAAGAUCUUGUCUUGGUGGAAGGCGAAGGAAGCGCUCCUGCGUCGAAGUCAAAGAUCCACCACCCACCCCACCCCAGAGUGAAAAUGUCCCUGUGAUGCCAGUUUAUGAUUCCACAACAGACCAGAACUACACUCUGAAGGUGACCUUGGGUAGUUGUGUUUACUGGUCAGAAAAUUUUGACAAGUGGAUAUCAUCUGGCUGUCGGGUUUUAGCAGAAUUAAAUGGAUUUUUAAACUGUAGCUGUAGCCAUUUGACAUCAUUUGGGGGAAGUCUCUUAGUCGAACCGAAUCCUAUUGACUUCGACAAGGUUCUAGUCGAGUUUCAGCAGUUAUCAGAAACUGGAAAUAUUGCAGUAAUCGUGGCUAUUGCGGUGGUUUUAUUGUGUUAUAUGACUGUGCUUGUUGUCGUAAGGAAAUUCGACAAGGAAGACGCGAAAAAUAGGGAAUUACCGAUCCAACUUCCAUCAUCUUCAAGCAGCACCUAUGAAUACGUUAUAGUGAUUACCACAGGGGCUUGGAAAAACUCCAGCACGACUGCUCAUGUUGCUUUGGAGAUCUACGGUUCUGAAGGAAAGAGUGGUAUUCUUCAGCUUAGCCAAGAAGAGCCUGGUGCAGUUCAAACGUUAUUCUCUCGAGGUAAUUCAGAUGUUUUUGUACUUUAUGUUAACAAAUCACUUGGUUCGAUUCAAGAAUUACAGAUUGGACAUGAUAAUUUUGGAGAUAAUCCCUCGUGGUACCUGGAGGAAAUUGUCAUUCGGGACGUACAAUCCAAGCAGUCGUGGAAAUUCAUGGCCAAUCAGUGGUUUGCUCUUGAGCGCGGAGACGGGCGCAUCGAGCGAAUAAUCGACAAGACCUCAAAUCAUCUGGAUUUUGGCGAUGAAGUUGCAAGACGUUGGCAAAGAGGCCUCGCGGAGUGGCACAUUUGGAUUUCGUACUUUUGA